UACGUGUCUUCUGAAAUUUAGUCGAGUUUUAGUCUAAUGAAAAAAUUUUAUGCAUAGUAUUAUAUGCAACACUAUUAUAAUGUUUUUAUUAAAACUUUACGAGUUUAGUUUAGUGUUAUCUUGUUUGAUUUUGUAUACAAAAGCAUAUACAUGUUCAAAAAUACACAGAGAUAUGAUAGACAAGUUACUUAUGUCCUCGGGAUGGACAAAUUUAAACGAUUUGUACUGUAUAAAUUAUUACGAAAAAUUGUACUACCUUCGAAAUCUGAUUGAAACACCUACACAAUGUAAUAAAUGUGAUCAAAAAAUACGAGCUUUGACAAUAUAUAUUGGAUGUACAUACGUAAAAAUGUUAAAUAAUCUUUUAUUAGCUAUUUGCAGCGUUAUACAAAUUUGUAAAGUAAAAAUUAAAGAAAAAAAUGACAUAAUUAAUGUAUGCAUUUUCACAGAAGAUCUCUUAAAAAUAAUAACUGUACUAAUUGUUCCAAUGGCAAAAUUGAUGAAAGGAGCGAUGGAUGCUUUGGAUAUUUUACAUAUAAGACCGUUGAUAACUAGUCGAAAAUCUAAAUACAUUUUAAGUGAUUCAAUAGAGAGAAUGGUAGAUAUUUUUGAGCUAUUAAAGGAACAAACUCUAUCUCGUGAUAAUAUAAAUACAUACAAUUUGACAUUAGAUACUAUAAAUUUCUUUUUUCAUAGUAUAAUAGUGAAUAUAAAUAAAGAAACUACACUUUAUUGUAGAUUUAAACCUUUUGACGAGAAUCAUUUAUCGUAUGAAUGGCUUCAAGAAUAUGAAGCCAUUCAUUUCAGAGACUCAAAAUUAGUAUAUUUCAAAUUCCUAAUCAGGAAAAUUCAGGAUUAUAUCAAAACAGUAGUUAUAGAAAAAUAUUUUCAACUCGGAUUUAAAUUUGAUCCAAUCACCGAAGAAACGGUUGUACCAACACCGAAUGAGCUAUUUGAACUAGAAUUGGAAUUUAAAGUAAUAGAUGAAGAGCCUUCAACUCAUUAAAAGUUACAAAAUAAUUAUUGUCUAGCAUUAAUGUUUUAUAAUUAACCACAAUAUUAUAUAAUUAUUAAAAACAUAAUUAUUUUUAAAUCUUUAAAUGAUUAUUUAAACAUAAUUAUUUUCUUUGUAGAUGUUAAUUAUAAUUUAACAAGUGGUUUAUCAUAUAUAUUUAUCUUAUUAUUUACAAAUGUAAAACAGAAUAUA